CAGACAGUGUGUGAGUGCCGAGACUCCCAGCUGCUACACGCAGCGAGGGGCAGCCCGUCUGCCUGCACGUCUGCCCGCACGUCUGCGGCUGCGACCCGUCCUGCAGCAGCUACCAUGACCCGGAGUCACUGUCAGCUGCUCUGGGCUCUGUACUUUGGCCAUGCUGUGUUGACACUUCUAGUAAGAGCUCAGCCCUGCCGACCUGGAUACCUGCUUAAGACAAAGCAAGACUGCAUUGACGUGGAUGAGUGUGCUGAAGAUGCCAAUAAAUGUGGACCCAACAAACAAUGUAUCAAUGCACAGGGAAGCUACAACUGCAUCUGUCUGCCAGGGUUCAAGAUGUACGUCAACGACCCAACAAGGUGUGAAGAGGUUCCGAGCGGGAGGCAGGCGAGACUGAGAGAGCGGGCGGCAGCUCAGCAUGGGGACUCUCAUCUACCUCAGCGAGGAGACUCUGCAGUACCUGCCCAUUGGAAGACCACUCUACCCGGCAGAGAGAACGCCACUGCACCUGACAACGGCAGCGCCUCUGUAUCUCAUCGAGGGGACACUGCUGUACCUCACCAAAGGCGUGCCCCUGUAUCACGCCGAGGGUUCACCGCUGUCCCUCGACAAGGUGACACCGCAGUACCUGGCCAUUGGAGCACCCCUGUACCUGGUGGUGGCAACGUGAACAUGUCUGGUCACUGGAACUCACCUGAGUCUGGAAGCGGGAACACGCUUGACACGAUCACUGAAAGGACGUCAGGGCCAGGUCAUGGACACACACCUGGGCCAGGUAAUGGACACACACCUGGGCCAGGUAAUGGACACACACCUGGACCAGGUAAUGGACACACACCUGGGCCAGGUAUUGGACGCACGCCUGGAUUGAUUAUUGAACACACACCUGAAUCAGGUCAUGAACACACACCUGAACCAGCUAACCAACACACACCUGAGCCAGGUACUGGACGCAAACCUGGACAAGGUAUUGGACACACACCUGGACAAGGUAUUGGACACACACCUGGACAAGUGUCCGGGCCGGCAGCCCCGACUGGCCGGAGCGGCGGGGUCACCACAGCCAGAGAGCCCGAGCCCAGGCUGCCCAGCGGGGGUCCCAGCACUGCCCUGGACCCCCGAACCAGCACCACCCAGCACCGCCAGCUGACCAUCGCCCCUCGCAGGCCACAUGCACCCUGGGAGGAGAUCUGUGCCAGGGCCUCCAACACCAGCCGGCUGUUUGACGGAUUGUGCCAGGGAGCGGGCACUGGAUUACCACCAGAGGAUGUGAUUGCGUAUUCGAGCGGGAUCUUGGCCGGCCGCUCCGAGUGGGAGGACACGCCGUGGGAGGAGAGGAUCGAGUCUGCCUCCCUCCUACUGACGGGCGUGGAGGAGGCUGCCCUCUCCUGGGGCAGCAUCGGCCCCGCAGAGAGGCCCAGGAUCAUCGCCAACGAGGAGAUGGACCUACAGGUGGUCCGUGUGGAGGGUGCCCCCGGAGGCGACCGCGUGCGGCUACAGGCCGGUGGCAACAUGGCGGAGGUGGGCUGGAGGACGGGGACCAACACCUCAGCUUCUGCCGUCGUUGCCUUCAUUGUCUACCGCAACAUGGAGUCCUUGCUGCAGGGGGCACUCUACAGUAACGAGGAGAGCGGCGGUCGGCACGGAGACUUCCAACUCCAAUCCGAGGUGAUAUCGGCCGCACUGCGACUCUCGGGGAACUCCAGCGCCUCCGUGGCCGUGAGGCUCGUCCUGAAGCAUCAACAGGCAUCGACCACAGGAGGGAGAGUAUCGUGUGUGUACUGGAGUCAGGCUGCGGCCUGGCAUGGCUGGUCGACUAGGGGCUGUGUCUUAGUGCAGUCCAACAGUAGCCACACCACCUGCCACUGCCAACAUCUCUCCAGCUUUGCCAUCUUGAUGGCCUUCACCGAGAAGCUGCAGAGUCAUCGGCACGAUGCCCUCUCCGUGAUAUCCUUCAUCGGGAUCCCGGUAUCACUGGCGUGCCUCCUGCUUGCCCUCGCCACCUUCACCUUCUGCCCACAGGCCAGGAACUCGGUCAGCGCCACCCACACCCAGCUCUGCCUCAGCCUCUUCCUUGCCGAGCUCCUCUUCAUCGUGGCCGUCAAGAGAACGGCCAACCGGAUCGUGUGUGGGGUGGUGGCGGGAUGCCUGCAUUAUCUGUUCCUGGCUGCCUUCGCCUGGAUGAGUUUGGAAUCCUUUCAGCUCUACGUCAUGGUCAAAAACCUGAAGAAGAUGCGGGUGUCCAGUUCUGGCCACACGGGCAAGCUUGUCUACGCCGUGGGAUACGGGUGCCCCGCGCUGGUGGUCACCCUCUCCGCACUCAUAUACCCCAACGGAUACGGCUCGCAGCGCAACUGCUGGUUACAGGUGGAGAAUGGCUUCAUUUGGAGCUUCCUCGGACCAGUUUACUUCAUCAUUUUGAUCAACACCUUCCUGUUCACCACGUCUCUCUACACGUUGAAUGAAGAGCUUUCUAAUCGUGACAUGAAAGUCUCGAAGAUCAAAGACACAAGGAUGCUGAUGUUCAAAGCCAUCGCCCACGUCUUCAUCCUGGGCUGCACCUGGAUCCUGGGCCUGUUCCACUUCCAGGAGGAGACGCUGGUGAUGGCCUACCUGUUCACCAUCGUCAACAGCUUCCAGGGGACCUUCAUCUUCAUCAUCCUCUGCAUCCUCAACCCCAAGAUAAGGGCUGAGUACCAGAAGUGGAUUUUCGCCAUUUCUCAGACCAAGAGGAUCUUCUUUGAGUCUGAAUCCACGAAAACUCCAUUGUCAGUCACGUCGGAGACAGUGUGACUCGAUCGCCACCCAACAUGCAUCAAAGCCCACUUCAAGGAACUGCGGGGACUCAACUCCCUGAACUGCCGCCCGCCUCCUGUAUCUGUUCAUUCACCAGACCAGCGUACAGAUGUUUCUGACCUGUGACACAGCUGGAUGACUUGGAGAGGCCAAGAAGUACUUGGUGUGUGUGGAAAGGAACCGCAGAUGCUGGUUUACACCAGAGAUAGACACGAAAAGCUGGAGUAACUCAACGGGACAGGCAGCAUCUAGAGAAGGGAUCGGUGACGUUUCGGGUCGAGACCCCUCUUCGGAUUGAGAGUCAGAGGAGAGGGUUCAGACUGACUCUCAGUCUGAAGAAGAGUCUCGACCCGAAACGUCACCUGUUCCUUUUCUCCGGAGAUGAUGCCUGACCCGCUGAGCUUUUUGUGACCAACUUCUCCAAGUCCAACCAGAUGACAUUUGUUGGAAGAGUAUUUCAUGGUUACAAUCUUUUACUAUCCCUACCCUUUUAUGAAUGAAAAGAUAUAAACUGUAUUUCCUACUGAUAACUUUGAAGAGCCACAGUUUAAUCCCAGCAGAUUAUGCUGCAUAAGGCAGAAUAUUUCAAAGGAUUCAGUGCGCAGUGCUAUCUAGUAGAUGGUUUGUUAAUCAUGCAUCACUUUACAUAUAAGAUAUAUCAAGAACAGGGCGGCACGGUGGCGCAGCGGUAGAGUUGCUGCCUCGCAGCGCCAGAGACCUGGGCUCCAUCCUGGCUACGGGUGCUGUCUGUAUGGAGUUUGUACGUUCUCCCCAUGGGUUUUCUCCGGGUGCACCGGUUUCC